AUGUUCGCGCUCGCCGCCGCCGCCCUCCUGGCCGCAUCCAGCCUGCGCAGCCAACGCAGUGCUGCCGGCGUCGAGCCGCCCGCGGGCCUCGAGUUCGUCGAUCUCAGGCCCGCCGAUGCGAGAGCGCUCUCCGCUCUCCUCGACGCCAACUACAUCACGUCGGCGGACGGCAAGCUGCAGGUCUUGUACCCGAGUUCGACGCUGCGUUGGCUGCUAAGCUCACCGGGCGCGACAUCCUCGCUGCACCUCGGGCUGGCAGAGCGCGGCUCUCGCUCCCUCGUCGGCUUCGUCGGCGCGAUUCCCGUGCCGCUAAUCCUGCGCGGCCGGUCCUAUGCCGCCGCCGCCGCCGGCGACGGCGGCGACGGCGGCGACGGCGGCGACGGCGGCGACGGCGGCGACGGCGGCGACGGCGGUGGCGGUGGUGGCGGCGGCGGUGUUGGCGGCAGUGCGAGCGGCAGUGCCGUCGAGGUGACACUCCUGUCGGCGUCCGCUGCGCCGUCUACACGACCGCCUCCCGCCGCGGCGCCCCGCUCCUCGAGGCGCGCUGCCACCACCGGCCGCUGCGGCCCGGCCUGCUGGUUCGGCGCGGGCAUCUGGGAGCUAGAUGCGCAGUUCUGGGAGCUACCCGCCGGCGUCUCGGCGCGCGAGGUGCGGGCGGAGCUCCCCGCCCUCCGGCAAGCAGGCAGCGGAGGGCCAGCGCCACCGCGCCUGCGCCCGGUGCGGCCGUCCGACGCCGCCGGCUGCAGAGCACUGCUCGCCGCCGCGGCGGCGCAGGGCGAGCUCGGGGUGGCACCGGGCGCCGACGCGUUUGCGCACCGCUACUUGUGCGCCCCUGCGACCGUCUCCCUCGUUGCGCCGGCCGAUGCCGCCCCCGCGGGCCGCCCGCGCGGGUUCGUCUCGUUUGCGCUGCAGCGGGCGGUCCUUGUCGCCUUCGCCGCUGCGCCUGGAGAGAGCGCCUCUCUCCUGCUGCUGGCGGCGCUGCACGCCGCGCGCAGGCGGCGCGGCGCCCACGUCUUCAACGCCUUGCCGCUCGGGCAGCUCACGCCGCGCGUGCUGCUUGCGAACGGGUUUGGGCGAGGCGACGGCAGCACCCACGUCUACGUGGAGCGCGCGGGCGGCGACGAGGCGGCGACGCCAGCGGCGGUGCACGACGCGCGGGCAGUGAGCUGGUUGCCGCUACCCUGA